AUGGAUGGAAACGUAUCAGACGAUGAAGUCCCCACUCUAGUCCAACCAGAGACUAACACCAAAGUCCUCAACGACCAAGAUGAGGAAAUACCCAAUCUUGUGGCGACCUCGGAGGAGGUACCCCAGAGUAAAGUGCCCAUCACCAUAGUUACAGGUUAUCUUGGUGCGGGAAAGACGACUUUGCUCAACUAUAUUUUGACUGAGCAACAUGGAAAGAAGAUUGCCGUCAUUCUGAAUGAGUUCGGUGACUCAAUUGACAUCGAAAAACAACUCACUGUCUCCGACGCAAACUCUACAUCCGCCCAACCCGCUCCCUUUGUGCCCCUCGCAAACGGCUGCAUAUGCUGCUCUGUAAAAGACAUCGGCGUAGCAGCCAUCGAGAACCUAAUGGAGCAAUCCGGCCUAUUCGACUACAUCCUGCUCGAAACAACCGGCCUAGCCGACCCCGGAAACAUCGCACCAAUGUUCUGGCUCGACGAUGGCCUGGGCAGCAGCAUCUUCCUCGACGGCAUCGUCACCCUCGUCGACGCAAAGAACGUGCUAAAGAGCCUAGACGAAGGCCUCGGCGACGAGGAAAACAUUGAAGAGAGGAAGAAAGCAUCGCAUGACGAACACGGCCCCCUACUUACAACAGCACACUUGCAAAUCAGCCACGCAGACGUCAUCAUCAUCAAUAAAACCGACCUGGUCUCUGCGCAAGAACUCGAACAAGUCACCGAGCGAAUCCGGUCGAUCAACGGCCUCGCUCGCAUCAAGACGACGACGAAAAGCCAAGUCCCGCAGCUUGAAGGACUGGUGUUGGACCUCCAUGCCUACGAUGAAGUCACAGACACAGAUCUGCAAUUCGCGAGUAAAGGACAUAGCCACCUCGACCCCACAAUCACCACUUCAACAAUCUCCUUCCCGGCUUUAAUCCGCGACCAAGUCGACAAGUUCGAUCUCUUCCUCCGCACUAUUCUAUGGGAGGAGACGCUACCGAAUGAAACUGCACACAAGCCUUUUGAGAUCCAUCGCUUGAAGGGACGCGUUCCGGUCAAGGACGGCAAGAUACUUCUCACACAGGGUGUAAGGGCCAUCUACGAUACGAAUGAGUUUGAUGCCAAGCCCGAAGAUGGGGCGCAGGAGUCGAAGUUGGUUUUGAUUGGGAGGGCUGUGGAUCAGGAGGCGUUUAGGCAGAGUUUGGUGGCUACGUUGGGUGGUGGGCAGUGA